CCCCUGCGCCCCGCCCCGAGCUGCCCGCCCGCCCUCGCCCUGCGCCCCGCUCGGCGCCGCCCGCCCGCGCCUUGGGCCUGCUGGGGCCCGACGCACCCCGCGAGGACGGUGGAGGCCGGGAGCCGCGUUGACUGAGCCUAGGAUUCGGGGCUUGCUCCGCCGGAACAAAGACCUGGGCGUUUUGACGUCUGGAAAACAGCCCUCUCUCAGCUCUUUGGCUUGUUCCCGUGGCCUUGGUGGCACCCUCCUGCCGUGGUCGGGCCGGGGCUUCCGGCAGCCAUGCAGACGCAGGUUCCGACUACCGAGGGCCUCGCUGGUCCCCUCUUCGGGGCCUGCACACUGCCCACCUUCAAGUUCCAGCCUCGUCGAGAGAGCAUAGACUGGAGGCGCAUCAGCGCCCUGGACGUGGAGCGUGUGGCCCGGGAGCUGGACGUGGCCACCCUGCAGGAGAACAUCUCUGGGGUCACCUUCUGCAACUUGGAUCGGGAGACGUGCAGCCGCUGCGGGCAGCCUGUGGACCCGGCGCUGCUGAAGGUGCUGCGCCUGGCACAGCUCAGCAUCGAGUACCUGCUGCACUGCCAGGAUUGCCUGAGCAGCAGCGUGGCCCAGCUGGAGGCGCGGCUGCAGGCCAGCCUGGGCCAGCAGCAGCGUGGCCAGCAGGAGCUGGGCCGCCAGGCUGAUGAGCUCAAGGGUGUGCGGGAGGAGAGCCGCCGGCGACGCAAGAUGAUCAGCGCCCUGCAGCAGCUGCUGAUGCAGACGGGUGCCCACAACUACCACACGUGCCACCUGUGUGACAAGACGUUCAUGAACGCCACCUUCCUCCGAGGCCACAUCCAGCGCAGGCACGCAGCCACGGUGGCAGACUCCACAGGGAAGCUGAAGCAGGAAGAGCCGGUGGAGAAGGUGCUAGAAGAGCUUCGAGCCAAGCUGAAGUGGACCCAGGAUGAGCUGGAAGCCCAGAGGGUGGCCGAGAGGCAGCGGCAGCUGCAGGAAGCAGAGCUUACUCGCCAAAGAGAAAUAGAAGCUAAGAAAGAAUUUGAUGAGUGGAAAGAAAAAGAACAGACUAAGUUUUAUGGGGAGAUAGAUAAGCUGAAAAAAUUAUUCUGGGAUGAAGUUAAAAGUGUUGCCAACCAGAACUCUACACUGGAAGAGAAACUUCAGGCCCUGCAGUCCCACAGUGUGACCGAGUCCAACCUGGGGUCGCUGCGGGAUGAGGAGUCCGAGGAACGACUCAGACAUGCGCAGGAGCUGCAGGCCCUGAGGGAGAAGAUGGAAACUCAGAAAACAGAGUGGAAGAAAAAAAUGAAGACCUUGCAGGAAGAGUAUGCGGCUGAGAAGAGAGAGCUGAAGGAGGGGAACAGCAGGCUGCAGGCGUCCCUGACUCAGGACCAGAGCAGGGCGGCAGCCCAAGCCCAGCGCCAGAUCAACGCCCUCCGCACUCAGCUGCAGGAGCAAGCCCGGCUCAUCGCCUCCCAGGAGGAGACGAUCCAGAGGCUGACGCGCAGGAAUGCGGAGGGGAUCCGUGGGGCACCCCAGGCUGCGGACACGGAGGAGGACUCGUCUGAGGAAGAGCCAGAGAAGUCCCAGGAGGAGCAGCGGAAGGUGCUGGCCUCUCUGAGGCGAAACCCCGCCCUGCUGAAGCAGUUCAGGCCGGUCCUGGAGGACACGUUGGAGGAGAAGCUGGAGAGCAUGGGGAUCCGGAAGGACACCCGGGGCAUCUCGCUUCAGACUCUUGGACGCCUGGAGUCCCUGCUCAGAGCCCAGCGCGGGCAGAAGGCCAGAAAGUUGGCCGAGUUUCUGACGCUGAGGGAACAGCUUGUGAAGGAAGUCACCCGCAGAGCAAAGGAGAGACAGAAGGGGGCCUUGGAGUCCCCACCCCGCAGCCAGCCGCCAGUCCAAAGCCGGCGGAGCACGCAGGUGGCCAGAGAGACGCAACUGAGGACCAGGGGCCCAAAUGUGGCAUUGACCUCCAAGCUGGCAGAGCCACUCACACCCACUCUUCAGAGUCACGGCAGCUGCGCUUCUGGCCCCAUGCAGGUGUCCACCCCCAUUCCACAUCCCAGAGCGCAUGGACCCCCCAGAGCCCCUGCUUCCCCGGGGCCUGGGCUCAGCACGCCCCCAUUCAGCUCCGAAGAGGACUCGGAGGAGGAUGCCGCACAGCGAGUGGCGCUUCAGCCCCCGAGAGCUCCCUCCAGAAUGGCGGCCCCAGCAGGGGAUGGCUCGGCCUGGUCUGACACCGAGAGCUCGGAGGAGCACACCCAGCCCCCUGGCCAGGGCUCAGGUGGACUGGCUUCCUCAGAAACGCUGGUACAGUGCAUGGUCAGAAACCUGGAGACGCAGUUAGAAACACCUGUGAAGAAGCCAGCUGGAGGGGUCAGUCUGUUCUCUACGCCGAAGGACGCUGGGCCACAGAGAGCCGCCACGCUGGGGUGGCAGCCACAGCUUUCCGAAGAUGAGAGCGACUUGGAGAUCUCGUCCCUGGAAGUUCUUCCCCAGGAUUUGGACCAGAGAGAGAAACCGAAGCCCUUAUCUCGUUCGAAGCUUCCAGAGAAAGUUGGCAGCCAUCCAUGGGGCUCUGGCCAGUCCCGGGUCUCUGGCUGGUGAUCGCUCCCCAUGCCUGGGGGCCUGACAGCCAGCCACCUUUGGUCUCCCGCCGCCAGAGCAGGC